UGCCAGCCAUGCUCUGGGUGCUGGGCAACCACUCUGGCUCAGCUCCAGGCUCCUAUUUAUUUAUUUGCCAGUGAAAUUCCUCAGGCAGGGUGCAGGCAUGCGCCGUCCAGCUCUGGUGGGGCAGAAAUAUUCCAGAAACGCACCCGAUCCGGCCAGACCACAAGCAUCCGUGGCCCUGCCGACGCACCCCGUGUACCCUCACCGCCUUUGGGCACCCAUGUCCAGAAGUGCUUCCUCCUUAUUUCCUUGCGUCCUCCCUGAAAAGCUCCUCAUUUACCAUUUAUUCUGUCUUUGCUACGGGGACAGUGCUGUCCCCACUGCAGGGGUCCCCAAAAGACCCCGGGGACGGGACUGGUGCCGUGCCUUGGCCGUAGGGUUGGUGCAUUGUGGCUGGGCUGUGGGUUCCUAUGAGGCAGACGCAGCCCAUAGGCACCAGCACCGACUUCCAGACAGAUGUCAGAGCCCAGUCCCACUGUCAGAGGACAGGCCAUGACCUUUUGGCUGAUAACAGCGUGGCGGCCACCGAGGAGAGCAAUGUCACUGCUGACAUGCUCUGCUGUGCCACCCCUAUCGCCAUCCCCAAUGCAUGACCCAGAAAGGUGUAUGGAGAGGGUUUGCGGCAGCCAUGGGAUGGGGGCGUUCACCCCAUAAGUGGCUCUGAUCUGCCUGUCUCCUGCACCAGUGGUUUUGGCUCAGGGCACAUCUGAUGUCCAGGGUGGACAGGAACUACUGUGAUACCUCCUGGCAUCCCAAUGCCUGGUUUUGCCGUCUCCAUUGUGCAUCCUGUCACGGUUUGGGGCACUUUCACUGGUGCUGUGGUGCCGGGAUCAGCUCGGUUUGGCACGAGGACAACCCUCCGUGCCACCCUGCGGGGCUCAGGGCUCUCCGUCCCCAGCAUUACUCCUCGAGGCCAUCCCGAUGUGGUGCCAUGAGGAUCUUCAACACAGCACUGUAGGGGCGGGCAGUGGGACGGGGGCCGGACGCUUCCCGAGCAGCCUCAGGGCCCACAUCACUUCCUCCAGCAGCGGGGGAGAGGCCCCGCUGCCCUCCUGUCCCCCCCCUCCGUGCGCCCUCCGCCUGCUGCGCGCGCCGCCGGGGCCCUCGCAUUCCUUGGCUAUUUUUAGGGUGGCCCUAUCAGCCCAGCUGUCCCCGCACCACCGCCAGCCUCACCCACCGCCUCGCGCCGCGCUCACCCCCUGUAUCCCCGCGCCAGGGCCGCGGCUCCAUGAGACAUCGCCAUGGCCUUCUCGUCCCGCUUUGCGUUCUGGGAGCAGAAGGGAAGUGUUGCUCGUGGUUGCUCGCACCCCGCACUGCCCCCCAGCAUCCAUCACACCCAUGGCAGUGCUCCUGGGGCCGGAACUCCCCCAGCACUGAGGCACCCCCUAACAUGACCCCUAACACUUUGCCAGCGCUAACUUACUCUCUAACACAACCAGGGAUGUGAAGGGGCUCUAUCAGUCGCCCCGCUCUCCAGCUGCAGCACAGCCCUCCUGCUUUGGGCUUGCUGUAACCAGGCUGUGCCUUUCACCCUCCACUCCCUCCAUCCUGCAGAUUUCUGUGCUGAGGCUUUGCACCCCCUCUCCCACCAAAGUGCCACAAUGAGGGGCCAUGUGCUGUCCCCCACAGUGCACCUUCGAGGGCUGAAACACUCCCCUCUCCUUUGUGACCCUCAGGUUAAGGACGAGGACAAAGCCUUAGCUGUGAAAAGACCCGGGAAGGAGGACGGGGCUGUAAGUGCUGCAGGGUGUGGGGCAGGGCGCACAGGGCUGGCUUAGGGCUCGCCCUUGGCUGGGGCACACCUUUGAGCAAGUCCCCCUCCUGCAGCUGCUCUGGGGCAGCAUGUGGGGUUGUGGGUGCUUUUGGUGGUGGUCCCUGCCCCACAGAGUCUGGCAGGACAGAGGUUCAGUGCUUGCUCUGAGUUAAUGCAGCAGCUGCCAUAAUUGUCAGAAGGGGAUGUCUUGCAGGUUGCCCCAUGCAUUGCAGUAAGAGUGGGCUGAGCACAAUGAGUUUUUGCCCCAUACUUGCAGCUCAGGGGUUGACGGGCUCCUGGGUGUGGGGACAGGGAGGUCAGCAUUGCGCCCUCCCCUCGGAGCUGUAGGGUGGGCAGGGACCCCUUGUCCUGGUGGGCAGUGCUCUGUCCGACCCCCGCUAAUCCCCUGCUGUCUUCGUGGCUGCAGCCAGAGAGCCCAAGCCCAAACACUGCGAAGGAUGCGGCACCCGCAACCCCAAAGCCCGACCCCCCGAAGAGCCCCGAGCCACCCGCAGGGAGCGCAAAGAGCCCGGAGCCGGUGCUGAACGGGGCCACCAAUGGGCCUGAGGGUCCCGGGGCGGGCGGCGAUGCGCAGGGGGAUGACGGGCAGGGGCUGUCCCGCCGCAGAGUGGUGCGGGUGGUGCGGAAGGUGGUGCGCAAAGUCCUGCCUGGCGAUGAUGCUGGUGAGGUGAAGCCCCCCGAGCCCGUGCCGCCCCCCAGAAAGGAGGAGAUGGUCCCCCCCGCGCCACCCCCUCCACCGCCCCCGGCCAAACCAUCCGCUCCCGCCAAGCCGGAGCCCAGAGAUGAGAUCUCAGCGGGGCUCACAACCCUCAUGGCCAAGGGGAAAACCAAAGAGCACCGGGCACGGGUCCGGCCGGGGGACAGGCGGGAGGAGAAGUCCCCUGAGCCGGCUGCGGGCGAUGCAAAGCCGGCUGUGUCCCCGGGUGCCAAAGCCACACCAGAGCCUCCAGCACGGCCUUCGGGAGGGAAAGCGGAGCCAGCAAAGGCGUCCGCCCCGAAACCCACCGCCCUGGAGAGGCACAAGGUAGCUCGUGUGCAUACAGCAUGGGUGCCCUAACCUGUGUGGCAGAGCAUGGUGUGAGCUCACCCGCAUGGCGUGCAGUGGUUUUGGGGUAUGCGGGGUGUGCGGUGACACGUGGGGAUGUUAUUUGGGGUGCACCCCGUCACAUUGCCCCUUAUCUCCCCGUCGUGCUCAUGCCGAGAAGAAGCAGCAGCCUGGUGAGAAGCGACCGACCCCAGCAAAAACCGCCCCGGGACCCCCCCAGCAGGUGUGUGGGAGUGGGGUUUGCAGUGCCAUGUGCCCUGCAGGGCUGCCCGGGGCGGUGCUGGGUGCUGUGGGUGUCCCACUGUCGGGACACUGUUGGUCCCGGUGGGCUGUAGGGCUGAGCAUAUGCUGGUGAUGUCCUCUGUGCCACCAGCAAGGGCUGCAGGGCGGCUGCCCGCUGCUAAUGGUGCUCUGCCUCCAGGCUGCGCCCGGCCCCACGCCCCGGCUGAGCCCAUCGGAGGAGGCCCAGCGCCGGCUGGAGAGGAUCUUCUCUGCUUCUGUAAUUCGGGUGGAGGGGUUUGAUGCUCAAGCACGGCCCUGUGCUGUGCAGGAUGGGCUUAGGGUUAGGGGUAGGGAUGGGAAUGUUAUCCCGUCCUCAGCGUGCGCUCGCAUGGGGCUUUCGCACCCCCAGAUUUGGCCACUGGCCCCAUGGUGCCACACUGGGUGCUGCUGGCUGCAGGCAGCAGGUUUGGCAAUCGCCACCCUGAGCAGUGCACAUGGCCUUGGGAGCCACUGUGCCAUGUCACCAUCCCUGCGUGCAUCACGCGGCUGUGCCGGCUCUGCUCUCUGCCUCUCACCCCUCUCUUCUUUCUCUCCUCCUCUCUCACUGCUGCCAGCUGGACCCCGCCGCCUCAGCCCCCAGCCAGGCCAAGACAGAGGAGCAAAUCGCUGCUGAGGAGGCUUGGUAUGAGACCGACAAGGUGUGGCUGGUGCACAAGGAUGGCUUUUCCUUGGGCAGCCAGCUGCGGCCGGAGGAGCCCAGCGCCCUGCCCGAGGGCAAGGUGAAGGUGAAGCUGGACCAUGACGGAGCUGUCCUGGAGGUGGAGGAGGACGAUGUGGAGAAGGCGAACCCGCCGUCCUGUGAGCGCGUGGAGGACCUCGCCAGCCUCCUCUACCUCAACGAGUCCAGCGUCCUGCACACGCUGCGGCAGCGCUACGGCAGCAACCUCAUCCACACCUACGCCGGCCCCGCCAUGGUGGUCAUCAACCCGCUGAGCUCCCCCUCCAUGUACUCUGAGAAGGUGAUGCACAUGUUCAAGGGGUGCCGCAGGGAGGACACGUCCCCGCACAUCUACGCCGUGGCGCAGGCCGCCUACCGCAGCAUGCUGAUGGGCCGCCAGGACCAGGCGGUGGUGCUGCUGGGUGCCAGCGGCAGUGGCAAGACCACCAACUGCCAGCACCUCGUCCAGUACCUUGCCACCAUCGCCGGCAGCACCGGCAAGGUCUUCUCCGCGGAGAAGUGGCAGGCGCUCUACACCGUCCUGGAGGCUUUUGGCAAUAGCAGCACCAGCAUGAACGGCAAUGCCACGCGCUUCUCCCAGAUCAUCUCCCUGGAUUUCGACCAGGCUGGGCAGGUGGCAUCCGCCUCCAUACAGACGCUGCUGCUGGAAAAGCUGCGUGUUGCCCGGCGUCCAGCCAACGAGGCCACCUUCAAUGUUUUCUACUACCUGCUGGCCUGCUCUGACAGCACCCUGCGGACUGAGCUGCACUUCAACCACCUGGCGGAGAACAACGUCUUUGGCAUCAUGCCCCUUGCCAAGCCAGAGGAGAAACAGAAGGCCACCCAGCAGUUCAACAAGCUGCAAGCUGCCAUGAAGGUGAUGGGCAUCUCCAGUGAUGAGCAAAAAGCCUUCUGGCUGGUCCUCGGGGCCAUCUACCACCUGGGGGCUGCUGGAGCCACCAAAGACGCCGACGAAGCUGGCAGAAAGCAGUUUGCACGACACGAGUGGGCUCAGAAAGCCGCCUACCUGCUGGGCUGCAGCCUGGAGGAGCUCUCCUCCUCCAUCUUCAAGCACCAGCCCAAGGGCAGCCUGCAGCGUUCCACCUCCUUCCGACAGGGCCCCGAGGAGCCGGGCAUGGGUGAUGGCACAGGUUCCAAGCUGACGGCGCUGGAGUGCCUGGAGGGCAUGGCUGCGGGCUUGUACUCGGAGCUCUUCACCCUGCUUAUCUCCCUGCUUAAUAGGGCACUCAAGUCAAGCCAGCACUCCGUGUGCUCGGUGACGGUGGUGGACACCCCUGGGGCACAGAACCCCGAGGUGGUGGGGCAGAGCCGAGGGGCCACCUUUGAGGAGCUGUGCCACAACUACGCCCAGGAGCGCCUGCAGCUCCUCUUCCACCAGCGCACCUUCGCCCAGGAGCUGGAGCGCUACAAGGAGGAAAACAUCGAGCUCGCUCUGGCUGACACAGAGCCAACUUCCUGGGGCUCUAUAGCUGCUGUAGACCAGCCCUCCCACCAGGCUCUGGUCCGCUCACUGGCGCGCACUGAUGAGGCACGGGGGCUGCUGUGGCUGCUGGAGGAGGAGGCCCUGCAGCCAGGCGGCAGCGAGGACACCUUGCUGGAACGUCUCUUGGCCUACUAUGGCCCCCAGGAGGGGAGCAAGAAAGGGCAUGACCCGCUGCUGCCCAGCGACAAACCCCGGCACUUCUUCUUGGGCCACAGCUCGGGCACCAACUGGGUGCACUAUGAUGCCACGGGCUGGCUCAACCACGUCAAGCACAACCCGGCCACCCAGAACGCCUCCGUGCUGCUUCAGGAGUCACAGAAGAAGAUCAUCAGCAGCCUGUUUGCGGGGCGCGGCAGCUCGGCGCUGGUGCUGUCAGGCUCGGUGGCAGGGCUGGAGGGGGGCUCACAGCUGGCCCUGCGCCGGGCCACCAGCAUGCGAAAAACCUUCACCACUGGGGUGGCCGCAGUCAAGAAGAAAUCACUGUGCAUCCAAGUCAAGCUGCAAGUGGAUGCCCUCAUCGACAGCAUCAAGAAAUCCAAGCUGCACUUUGUGCACUGCUUCCUACCCAAAGCGGCGGGGAGCGGUGGGGACGCCCGGGGGCUGCCAUGCCGCCGGGUGAGCGGCAGUGAGCUGGAGCUGCCGGCCGAGCACUGCGAGCCCGCGGGGCUGAUGCAGCUGGAUGUGCCCCUGCUGCGCGCUCAGCUCCGCGGCUCCCGGCUGCUCGAUGCCCUCCGCAUGUACCGACAAGGCUACCCUGACCAUAUGGUGUUUGCUGAGUUCCGGCGGCGCUUUGACGUGCUGGCCCCACACCUCACCAAGAAGCAUGGCCGCAACUACAUCGUGGUGGAUGAGAAGCGGGCAGUCGAGGAGCUCCUGGAGUCACUGGACCUGGAGAAGAGCAGCUAUCACAUGGGUCUGAGCCGGGUGUUUUUCCGUGCUGGCUCACUGGCCAGGCUGGAGGAGCAGCGGGACGCGCAGACCAGCAGGAACAUCACCCUGUUCCAGGCAGCGUGCAGGGGCUUCCUGGCACGGCAGCACUUCAAGAAGAGGAAGAUCCAGGAUUUGGCCAUCCGCUGCGUGCAGAAGAACAUCAAGAAGAACAAAGGGGUGAAGGACUGGCCCUGGUGGAAGCUCUUCACCACCGUGAGGCCCCUCAUCGAGGUGCAGCUCACUGAGGAGCAGAUCCGUGGCAAGGACGAAGAGAUCCAGCAGCUGAAGAGCAAACUUGAGAAAGUGGAGAAGGAGCGCAACGAGCUGCGGCUCAACAGCGACCGUCUGGAGAGCAGGAUCACGGAGCUGACAUCGGAGCUGACGGACGAACGCAAUACAGGCGAGUCAGCCUCGCAGCUGCUGGACGCCGAGACGGCCGAGAGGCUGCGUGCUGAGAAAGAAAUGAAGGACCUGCAGGCCAAGUACGAUGCUCUGAAGAAGCAGAUGGAGUCCAUGGAGAUGGAGGUGAUGGAGGCUCGGCUCAUCCGUGCAGCCGAGCUCAACGGGGAGCUGGACGACGAUGACUCAGGCGGCGAGUGGCGGCUGAAAUACGAGCGGGCGGUGCGGGAGAUCGACUUCACCAAGAAGCGGCUGCAGCAGGAGCUGGAGGACAAGCUGGAGGUGGAGCAGCAGGGCAAGAGGCAGCUGGAGCGCAGGCUGGCAGACCUGCAGGCGGACGGUGAGGAAAGCCAGCGGGCGCUGCAGCAGCUGAAGAAGAAGUGCCAGCGGCUGGCAGCUGAGCUGCAGGACACCAAGCUGCACCUGGAGGGCCAGCAGGGCCGCAACCAUGACCUGGAGAAGAAGCAGCGCAGGUUUGAUGGAGAGCUGUCGCAGGCGCACGAGGAGGCGCAGAGGGAGAGGCUGCAGCGGGAGAAGCUGAGCCGUGAGAAGGACGUGCUGGUGGCUGAGGUGUUCGGCCUCAAGCAGCUGCUGGAGGACAAAGAUGCAGACAUCGCCGGGCUGACGCAGCGGGCGGAGGCGCUGGAGGCAGAGCUACAGGACAUCUCCUGCCAGGAAUCCAAGGACGAGGCGUCUCUCGCCAAGGUGAAGAAGCAGCUGCGCGACCUGGAGGCCAAGGCGAAGGACCAGGAGGAGGAGCUGGAUGAGCAGGCCGGCACCAUCCAGAUGCUGGAGCAGGCCAAGCUGCGCCUUGAGAUGGAGAUGGAGCGGCUGCGGCAGACCCACGCCAAGGAGGUGGAGAGCCGUGACGAGGAGGUGGAGGAGAUCCGGCAGUCGUGCCAGAAGAAGCUGAAGCAGAUGGAGAUGCAGCUAGAGGAGGAGUAUGAAGACAAGCAGAAGGUGCUGAGGGAAAAGCGGGAGCUGGAGAGCAAACUGUCUGCAGUCAGUGAUCAGGCCAACCAGAGGGACUUCGAGACAGAGAAGCGCCUACGCCGUGACCUGAAAAGGACAAAAGCACUGCUGGCCGAUGCACAGAUCAUGCUGGACCACCUGAAGAACAACGCGCCCAGCAAGAGGGAGAUCGCCCAGCUCAAGAACCAGCUCGAGGAGUCCGAGUUCACCUGUGCAGCCGCUGUCAAAGCUCGCAAGUCCAUGGAGGUGGAGAUUGAAGACCUCCACCUGCAGAUUGAUGACCUCUCCAAAGCCAAAGCAGCGCUGGAAGAGCAGCUGAGCCGGCUGCAGCGGGAGAAGAACGAGGUGCAGAGCCGCCUGGAGGAAGACCAGGAGGACAUGAAUGAGCUGAUGAAGAAGCACAAAGCAGCAGUGGCCCAGGCAUCCCGUGACCUGGCACAGAUGAACGACCUCCAGGCACAGCUGGAGGAGGUCAGCAAGGAGAAGCAGGAGCUGCAGGAGAAGCUGCAAGGGCUGCAGAGCCAGCUGGAGUUCCUGGAGCAGUCCAUGGUGGACAAGUCACUGGUGAGCAGGCAGGAGGCCAAGAUCCGUGAGCUGGAGACCAGGCUGGAGUUUGAGCGGACACAAGUCAAGCGCCUGGAGAGCCUGGCCACGCGGCUGAAGGAGAACAUGGAGAAGCUGACAGAGGAGCGGGACCAGCGAGCAGCUGCUGAGAACAGGGAAAAGGAGCAGAACAAGAGGCUGCAGCGGCAGCUCCGUGAUGUCAAGGAGGAGAUGGGCGAGCUGGCCAAGAAGGAGGCGGAGGCCAGCCGAAAGAAGCACGAGCUGGAGAUGGACCUGGAGAGCCUGGAAGCUGCCAACCAAAGCCUGCAGUCGGACCUGAAGCUGGCCUUCAAGCGCAUCGGGGACCUGCAGGCUGCCAUCGAGGAUGAGAUGGAGAGCGACAGCAAUGAGGACCUCAUCAACAGUUUGCAGGACAUGGUGGCAAAGUAUCAGAAAAGAAAGAGUAAACUCGACGGUGACUCGGAUGUGGACUCAGAGCUGGAGGACCGUGUGGAUGGAGUGAAGUCGUGGCUGUCCAAGAACAAAGGCUCCUCCAAAGCACUCUCAGAUGAUGGCAGCCUGAAGGGCAGCAGCAGCCCCCCGAGCUGCCGGAAACCCUUCUCCUACGACCGAUGGGACGAGGAGCUGGAUGCCACAGAAAGCACGGAGCGCUCAUCCCACAGCCCCACCAGCGAUGGCGAGACAGAGAGCCGCACCGCCGAGACCCCCGCGUAGCCCCCACCACCCUUCCCAUGGCCCCGACAUGCUGGGCUCCUCGGGACCCCCCCGGGCAGCCACUAUUUCUUUUUUGCACGGUGAAGAAAGGGGGAGGAACACACUGCCAUCCCCAUCCCUCGUGCAGGGGGGGGCAGCCCACCUCUCCCACCCCAUCUGUCCUCGGCAGCUCCAUCGGUUCCUCCUCAGUGCCUGCUGUCUCCUUAUUUUGUAAGUUAAAAUACCCCCCCGGACACCCCCCUCCAUGCUCCUCAUCCCCAUUUAGUUGAGCCAAAGACGUCCCUGGCCGGGCUUCGGGGCCAGCCGCCCCACAGCCGCAAAGGAGACGUGGGGACGGGGUCCCCCAUGGGCUGUCGCCUCCCCCAUUGCCCCCCACCCCACCGGUUGUUUUGCACUACAGCUGUGCAGCCCUUCCUACCCCAUUCCUUUCCAUCCAAAAAUAAAGAAACAUCAUUUCUG